AUGUCCAAGGACCAUCAGCGCAAGUCUCAACCCUUGAGCUUCGUUAAAGAAGGGAGCGCUGACCUUGAGGCCCAGCUUCUACUGGAAAAAAGAGAACGGGCAAGGCUGGAUACCGAUUACAAAACCAAGGAACGGCUGACGCUUCAAGAACAACUGCGACUCAACGCCAUUUUGAAGCAAGAGGAUUUUAAUGCGCUUGUCAAGGAUCGCAACAGCUUCAAUCGCCUCAGUGUUGAAGACAUUGAGUUUUACGAGAAUUUGCGCAAGAAGGCGCAAUCACAGAAGCAUAAUCUGGAGCAGUCGCUAGAACAGCAGAGCCGCAAUUUCGAGACCCGAAAGAAGCAGGCUCAGGAAAGUCGUAGUCAAAGUUCGGCUACUACGAUGAAUACACCAUCCAGCGACGCUGCGAAGAGGUCCCAAGUGCCGUCGAGAAUCGUCAAACCGAAAUCCAGUACCAAGACCCGACUCAAAGGUGUGAUUAAAAAAAAGCACACCGAGUCUUCCAAAGCAGCGAAAAAGCCUACUUGA